UUCAUUCAAUUCAGUGUUUGACUUCACUUUGUUAUUGUCUAACUUUACUUUAAACUUAUAAACUUUUAAACCAAAACAGAGUAUUUGUUGCCUAUUAAUAUUAAACAGAGUCAAAGGAACUGGAACAAGCCGGAAUGACAGGCCGUUACGCAAUUACAUAUAAAUGGAAGGGCUGAAAGCAAUUUGAUUGGAAAGAUGUUGUCAUGUUGAAGAUGCACUUCUCCUUGGUCUUUUUAUUUGAAGUUUUUCUUUAGAAAAUAUCUGAGACUGGCUUAAUUGAGACCAAAAAGGAACACAUAUUUUCUACUGCUGAAGCUGCUACAUAUAGAUAUAAAGUGCGGUUCAAGGCCAAACUUCAUCUCUAGCUCCAACUAUUAGCUGGUAGUAAAUUUUGACCAAAAUCGAUUGUCUGCGUUGAAGUACUGGAUAACAAUGGCAGUUCAACGCUCCCUCGAUAAUGGCACCUGUGAUGAUGAUGGACAUCCUGCAAGAACUGGAACAUUGUGGAGUUGUGUGGCUCACAUAAUCACUGCUGUUAUCGGCUCUGGAGUUCUGUCAUUGGCAUGGAGCACUGCACAGCUGGGAUGGAUAGCAGGGCCGAUUGCCCUGCUUGUUUUUGCCAUUAUCACCUAUCUUUCUGCCUUCCUUCUUUCUGAUUGUUAUAGGUCCGACGACGGGACACGAAACAAGUCUUACAUGGACGCUGUUGACCUGUAUCUUGGUAGAAACCGGACAUGGUUGUGUGCUUUUCUUCAAAACCUGAGCCUGUAUGGGACUGAUAUUGCUUAUGUAAUUACUACAUCAACCAGUAUGAGAGCAAUUCAGAAAUCAAACUGCUACCACAGAGAAGGGCAGCAUGCUCCAUGUUCAUAUGGAGAUAUUUCCUAUAUGCUGCUAUUUGGAGCUGUUCAGGUUGUAAUGUCACAGAUACCAGAUUUCCAUAACAUGGAAUGGCUUUCAGUGGUUGCUGCAAUCAUGUCCUUUACUUACUCUUUCAUAGGAUUUGGACUCGGAUUUGCGCAAGUGAUAGAAAAUGGGAGGAUUAAGGGGAGUAUAACUGGAGUGCCUGCUGCUAAUAUUGCUGAUAAGCUAUGGUUAGCAUUCCAGGCACUUGGAGACAUUGCAUUUGCCUAUCCAUAUUCAAUAAUUCUUCUUGAAAUACAGGAUACUUUGAGGUCACCUCCACCAGAGAACAAGACCAUGAAAAAAGCCUCAAUGAUUUCAAUAUUUGUAACAACCUUCUUCUACCUCUGUUGUGGAUGCUUUGGAUAUGCUGCAUUUGGCAACAAGACACCUGGAAAUCUAUUGACAGGAUUUGGAUUUUAUGAGCCUUACUGGCUCAUUGAUUUUGCUAAUGCUUGCAUUGUUCUUCACCUGGUGGGAGGAUAUCAGAUAUUUGGUCAGCCAGUGUUUGCAUUUGUGGAGAGAUGGUUCACCAAGAAGUUCCCAAGCAGUGGAUUCGUGAAUAACUUCUAUACGUUCAAACUACCAUUGUUGCCAUCAUUUCAGGUGAAUCCCUUUAAGGUAUGCUUUCGAACAGCCUAUGUUGCAUCGACAACUGUAAUUGCAAUGAUCUUCCCAUACUUCAAUCAAGUAUUAGGAGUGCUGGGGGCAUUGAACUUUUGGCCUUUAGCUAUAUAUUUUCCCGUGGAAAUGUACUUCGUGCAGAAGAAAAUUCAACCCUGGACCAGAAAAUGGGUUGUUCUUAGGAGUUUCAGCAUUUUUUGCUUGCUUGUCUCAAUAGUGGGCUUGAUUGGGUCGAUUCAAGGACUUAUUAGUGCAAGAUUUGGAUAAGAGAUCACUGUAAUGACAUUCAUGACUGUAAAGAGAAAGUACAUAUGUAUGAUGUUUGCUUCAAUGAAUUUCAAGGAAAUUAGGUUUAAUUUGUUGAGUGGUUUUGUUGAGCAAAUGUAUUUCAUGAACUCCAAGCUAGAUAUUGGAAUUUUUUGAUUAAAA